AUGGCGACGGUGAUGGGCCGCUCGAGUUGGCCAGCAAUGCUGACAAACCGACAACAGAAACACGGCAGCGAUUUCGAAAUCGGCGAGUCGCCCGACGGGCUCUCGUCUCGCGACUCCAGCUCCGCAAUCGUCUUCAACGACUCGGAAAUCAACCUUCGCCAAAUUCAACAGUUGACGCAACGGGUCCGCUCAACGCUUUCUGGUAAGGACGCCGACGCCGCCUUCAAAGAGUAUGCGAAGGUCAAAGACCACGCACCGUUAUGUCGUUCAUUAUUGCGUACUUCAACACUUGUACCGCCAGGCAGUGGACAGGCGGACAGGAUUAGCACAGAAGGCAGAGGGAUAUCGCGGGAAUCUUCUCUCGACGUACCCUACAGCCCAACGACAUUCGACACUCGAUCUUCAUUUAGUGGGAAAAGCCUCUCGGAGGUAACAACAGGGCAGGGUUCCGGGCAACGUUCCGUGCCAACCCGCGAAAUCUGUUUAUCGGCUGUCCGUGACUGGAAGAAGUGCAUCGAAUCAUUACUAGAGGCCCUCGAGCUCACGCUCUCUGAGACUUACAAGAGCUAUGAGCCCGAUGCCACACCGAGUAUGGUGAAAUCCCUAUUUCAGAACAGAGAGUUCCGUACGGCUGCCAUCCAACAGAUGAGGAAGACCAGCAUCGACAAAACUUUCUCUGCGAGCCCAGACUUCUUCCCACGAUACGUUAUACGGCUCAAGAACUAUGACCGGGUCAAGCAAGACUUGGUUGACAUCACUCGCAUCCUACAGUUAGGAGAGUCAGGCGUCUCCGACGAAAGGCUCGUGAAAGAGCACCAUGUCUCGCCCCGAGGCGACGCCAUUCUCGAAUUUGCGAAUAUCGGAGCCGAGUCCAUGCCAAUUCUUAGGUUCCGAGUGUCUUCAUUUUUACUCGCAGAAACCUCGCCCAUCUUUGAGAGAACUUUCACCGAGCACCGCCAUAUGGAGAUUCAUGACGAUGAAGAUGUAACUGAUCAGCUGCCACCCCCACCAACACCGUACAUCUGCGACGACGGAACCGAAGCGAAACUGUACCGCAUGCCGCAUGCGGAGCACGAUUCGGAACAGGCUCUUACGAUCCUCCUCCACGCGGCACAUAUGCACAAUGACAAAGUUCCACGGGAGGUAUCUUUUGAGCAAUUCGUUGCCAUCGCAGAGGUCUGUCUACGGUAUCGAUGCACCUCGCCUCUUGAGUUGUUUGUCGAACACCGAUGGCUGCCGCAGUGGAUUCAUAAAGGCAGUGAAGACAUGCCUGGAGGAAUGCUCCUCAUCAGCUAUAGCUUCGGGUUUCGACAACUGUUCAUGCGCAUGUCAAAGACUGCCAUUCUCAACCUUGUCAAUGAAGAGGAACUGCAGAGUAAGCCGUGGCCGCAGAAGAUCAAGGACAAGAUCUGGGCAGUGAGAGGUGCGAAGAUGGCCCAGGUGUAUGCGUGCUGUGUGAACACAGUACAGGAAUAUCUACGCCCACCGUUGAAGGCCGUUGAGCAAGAUGAUGCACCAAGCCUACCGACUGUGCUCAGCCUGCCGCAACUUAGGACCCGCUCUCCCAGCCCGGGAUUGUCUGCGGAAACAUCAACUCUUAGCCAGCCGUCGGUGUUCAGCAGCCCCCCCAGGUGUCCCAAAGGAAGCCAUUGGUGCGAUGCCACAAACCUCGGCUGGCUCAUGCUCGUCUACAGGGAACUCCAGCUCCUCUCCACAAUUAUGAAGCCAACGGUGCUCGGAAAUCUGACCAACCCCCAACAGGCGCCUCACAGGAGUCUAGCCCAGCUCGUUGACCUGCUCCGGACCAUCGCCAGCCCUCCGCAGGUACUACAUAAAGGCGGGGUCUGCGAUCCUACACCGCAGUUCCGGGCUGCAAUCAAUGAUAUUUACAAUAGCGUCUCGGGCCUGACGCUGUACGAUAUCAGCAGAAAUGCUCAUGGUUGGGGUCUAUCUAGGCAUCGGUCCAAGCAGCCGCAGGCCGUUUUGCAAAAAGGGCUCAAGCACCCUGGCAAGGAGCGGGAAGCAAAGAGCGUUUUGACGGACGCAAUUCGUCUUAGGGUUCUACGCAGCAUCGACAGCGUAGACGACUUGCACACCGCAGCGAUGAUCAGCCGAGAAUUUUAUCAGACGUUCCAGGAGAAUGAGCUUCUGCUGAUGCGGAAGUUUGUAAAGGCCCACCGGCGGAUGACGUUGAUGAAACUGACUUCUAUGGAUGUUUUCGCUCCGAGUGAUGAAAAGGUGCCCAAAGAAGAGGCGGACGCGCUCAAGGCGGAAGCGGAAGCCUCACGGGGUGCCGCCGGUGAGGGCUUUGAAGGUUUCGAGGAGGAUGAGGCACCAGAAAUCUCGGAGACGCAGGCAGAACAGGGGACCGUCGUGGUAGGCGCGUCCUUAUCGGGACGCUUCCGCAAAAUAGCUCCCGCUUCAUACACUACAACGCCAUCAGUGUUGAGCGACGAAGGGGCGCAGCGGAUCCCCUGGCCGGCAUCGCCGCUUCCGCCACGAGAUGCGUCUUCACAAACCUCAGUGAACAAGAGUACGGCGAAGUCUGGUACGAUGAGAGAAAAAUUCCGGACCAGCGACCCGGCCUUUGUUGAGGAGAAGAUGCUGCUGGAGAGCGAGGACAAGCAUCUAAGGGCGGAGAGGGAUAGAAGGGUCGGACUCGUACAGGAGGACGAUGGUUGA